AAGCGCUACGCUGCUCCGUAGCAGAUUUUACGACACGUGGACAAAUUCAGCGAGUUUAUUAAUUAUUAAAUUAUAUUCAAGACUGUAGUUAAGUGAGAUUGAUGCUAAAUUAUUAAUGUGUCAAAGUUCAAUCCACACACACAGAUUAAUAAUUUAGUUUAAUUAUAAAGUGUCCUUUAGGUACAUCUAUAGCCCUUCAUCUAAAUAAAGCAGAUAUUGAUUAUUUUUUUGCUCGUAUUAAAUAGUUUGAGGAAUAAAUGACACUCUAAGAUAUUAAGAGAUAAUGACAAUGUAUACAUCGAUGUGGUUCUUGAGUAUUUUGAUUCUUCUUAUUGUUGACACGAGGAUUGGAGCUUUACCGCAUGCAGAUGUUGAGAGCCGUCACUGUCAUCAAUGCAACACUACAAACUGCGACCAGUUGCAAACAGUUGAGUGUCUACAAGAUCAACCUCACUGUGUCACGAUUGCUACAGCACCUAACUUUACAACAACUCUCUCUUGUGGGACCGUACAAGAGUCCACCUGUAUUUUAGAACACAAAGCUGAACAAUUUCAGUUGACCUGCAUAUGCGAUGACAAUCUCUGCAAUGCGCCCUACAAUCAACGGCUACGGAACGAACUACUCAAUUUUUCAACGAACUUUCCGGCAAACAGCAGUGCCAAAUUGACGGAAAUAUUUUUAAAACUCUCAGCAUUCGCCAACGUUAGUAACGAAGCACUUUAUGAAAAGCUGACUGCGAAUACUACUUUAACAACACCGAUCUUUACAAACACCCCUACACUCGCUACAAAAUUGGCAUUCAUGAAAAACUCUUCAGCGCCUUUCAAUGUUUCGGUGGAAUUACUUCCCAAAGCUGAGGCUUUAAAACACGAAGCCACAGUUCCACCGGACGAUGAUGAAGAUGAAAGUGAAGGAAGCGGAACGUCAAUCGACGAGUCCAAGCCUAAUGACCACGCUGCACCUGCCGCCCCCAGCUCCUACCUCCCAGCUAAUGGUAAUAGUGCACAAACUCUGUUAUUAAAUAGCUAUCUCCUCAUAACAUUGCUUUAUUUUACUUUACUCAAAAUUGUAAUUUAAUACUCUAAGAGUAAAAGAUCCAGAGAAUUUAUCGGUAUUGUUGACCUGUGAAAGGGAGCAAAUAAAUUAUAUUCGUGUAUUUUUAUUGUUUACUUAAGAUUUUUUUAAGGUUCAAUGAAUGCAAGUGAUACACGUAUGCAGAGAAAAAUGUUGAUUGCAAUGAGUUAAAAGCAUUUUACAAACGUAGGUUAUACGAUUUUUACGAGCAAAGUCAUUCACCGUAGACCUUUGCGAAAAUUUAACUUUUCUCCUGAGAGCUACAAGCUUGACACUUAAACCGCUCUCCACUUUUGUGAUAAAUUUGAAUAUGAAAAUGAAACAUCGCUAUAUUAGUUAUUUAAUUAUAUAAAAAAAUAAUUGAUCCAUUGUGCAGUUAUUCGUUUAGAUCUAAAAAAUAGUAGAUUACUCACUCAUAUUAUUAUAUUAGUGCCAAAACACUUUUUUAUAUAGUUUUAGGAGUAAUUUAACUAAGUAUAGCAAAUAAGUAAGACAUAUGAUUUAUAUAGAAUUAUGAUGAUUAUUAAAAUUCAAAGGAUAAUGUGUACAUUAAUUCAAUUUAAUCGAUUCAUUAUUACCUAUAGGUAUUAAUUUAACUUUUUUUUACAAUUGCUUUGUAAUCAGUUUAUAUUCAUCAUCAUCAUCAGCCCUUAUAUGUUCCCACUUCGGACACGGGUCUCCUAUUUUGUUUCUUGCACGCUUGUCCGGUCUUGAACUUCCGAUUUUUCGCUUUAAGCCUGAUGUCCUAAUCUCUGGGCCAUCCCUGUUCUUUUAUAUGACGGUAUUUUAAAUAUCAGAAUUAAUCUUAUUGUUAGUUUUGAUUAAACUUUUACCCAUAGCACAAACAAAUGGUUCAUGGCAUAGUGUUAAUAAAUGCAAUAGAUUUUGACUGCCAAUACAAUAAUUAAUAAGUAAUUAGAUAUGUGUUUAUGUCAUUGUAAUGAUUAAAAAUUUAUAUAUCAUAUCGAAACUCACCAUCAAGAUAAACAUAUAAUAAUUUGAGCAUAUUGUAUUUGUAGUGUCGUAUAUUUACUUUAAAAAAUCGCUCAGUCUGUGUCAUAUAGCUCAUGAAAGAUCAAUUCACACAAGUAGUUAAAAACUAGUCAUUUAUUUCUAUAAGAAAUGUACAUUUAUUAUAAUAAAAAUAUAGUUACUUCGGAAUGCACUGAUCUCAAGCUGUUAAUAUAGUCCGUUGUAGACUUUG